AUGUUCAAGGGCCUCUUCCUCUCGACGCUUCUCGCCGCCUCCGCGAUGGGCCAGCUCACCGAAGUGCUCAACCUUGUCUCGAGCAUCGCGCAGGCCAACCCGAUGGUCAACGCCGCCGCGAUCCAGCAGAAGGUGGGCACCUUCUUCACGCCGCUGAGCCCCCAGCAAAAGGCGCAAGACGACGCGGAAAUGAACACGAACGCGUUCUGGACGGCCAAGUGGGGCGCGGCGCCCGUCGUCGAUGCGCCCGUGCAAAUGGCGGCUCCGGUCGCCCCCGUCAUGGCGGUGUUCGCUCCGUCCGCAGACGAGCCGACGACGCCGCCGGCAGUCGCCGUGCCCGAGGCCUUGAACAUGUCUGCACCGACCAACGGCACACAAGCAUUCUAAGCAUACUAUCGCUAUAUCGUGUCUGCCUCUGCCCUCACAAGUAUGACUGUCUAAUAAUGUAUUUCCUGUCCCCAC